CAGAUGCCUGGAUCCUUGGCAUGUUUCAUGGACGUUGGGGGGCACCUGGCGGAUGCACCCAGGGCCCUUCGCCGACUAUGCGCUCCAUGCCGGCUCCUUUCCUUCCCGUCGCUGCACCUGGAGCCUCGGAGCCACCAUUGCACCGACCUUCGCGCUUCCGCUUCCCGCGACCUCGGUUAGAGGUGCUCGGCCCCGGGGCUUCAGCCGAGGCUGCUCGGCCCCGGGGCCGCUCGCCAGACAGCAGAUCUCCGCGCGCAGUCGGAGAGCCGGGCCCGGGCGCAAGGCGGCUGGCUGGGUACCUGCAGCCCGCCCAGGACGCGGAGCCCGCAGCCCAAGCACCCUUGGGCUCCCAGUCCGUGCGUCCUCGCACCCUCCUGCCCCCCACGCAGCGCUGGAGAUUUUACCUCCACUCCCCCCCGCCACCGCCCAGCUCUAGGAAGGCAGGCCCCCCACAAACGCCUGUGCCCGCACUUUCCCCGCAAUUUUCCUUUUCCCGGGAGGAUGAGCCCUGGCGCCCCAGCAGGAAGCGGCCGCCAGGGAGAAGGGGCUGGUUGGGGGUUUGGCGAGGUUUGCGGCACAGGGCCCCGCAAGUCCCUGGAAUUCGUUUUCAUGCUUUCCAUCAAUACAGCCAGGGAAUGAUUUAAUUCUUUCGCUUUUCCUCAAAGGGGAAAAUAAAUAGACGUGAUUUGGAGGAAUGGAGUUGAGCAAGUUUUCCCAGCUCCCACCCCCAUCCCACCCCAUGGUUGGUGAAUCCCCAGUAAGGGUCCUUAGGCAGCCAGCGGGGGUUUUGUAGUGACCAGCCAGCAGGCGGCUUUCAGUAAAUUCACAGAGGAACCUUAAAGCGAGUUGCACUUUAUGCGAAGCAAAUGUGCCACAUACACAUAUAUCUUUAUUUGCCAGCAUGGCGUGAGGGAGGUGCAUAACAGUAAGGCAAAUUCCGUGAAAAGGUCAUUUGUGUGCUCUUCCCAGAAGAGACAAGGUCAGAGGUUUUUUUUUUUUUUUUUAAUGAAUAUGGAGAUGAGGUAAGCAGGAGGAGAGGAGAGGAGAAGAGAGGAGAGGAGAAAGCUGAUUGGUAUUGCUAGCUGAAAUAGUUAUUAACUAAUCAUAUUUGGUUACUGAUUCUCUACAGUGGUUAAAAAGGGAACUGGCUGGGAGUCGGGGCAGUAGUGCAGCUGGUUAAGUGCACAUGGCCAAAAAGCAAGGACCGGUAUAAGGCAUAAGGAUCCCAGUUCGAGCCCCCGGCUCCCCACCU